CUCAUUUCACCAUUUCUUUGUGGACUUGCGACAAAAGGUCUUAAUAACUCAACUUCUUCAUCAUGGGCAUCCUUGGAACAAUAGCAAGACAUAUGGAUACAAUAGUGGGGCCUGGAGUGUUGCUUCUUUAUCCUUUAUACGCAUCAAUGAGGGCAAUUGAGAGUCCUUCAACCUUAGAUGAUCAGCAGUGGCUAACAUAUUGGGUUUUAUACUCCUUCAUCACCCUCUUUGAGCUUUCAUGUUACAAGAUCCUAGCAUGGUUUCCAAUUUGGCCAUACAUGAAGCUAGUGUUUUGCCUGUGGCUGGUAUUGCCAAUGUUCAAUGGAGCUGCUUACAUUUAUGAAAACUUUGUGAGGCAAUACAUGAAGAACAUAGGAAGCUACUAUGGAAAUUCCAAGUACCCUGAGGAUCAAAAGAAAGUUCUUCAGAUGAUGAGUUUUGAUGCAAGGAAAGCAGUUGAACGUUAUAUAGAUACAUAUGGCUCUGAAGCUUUUGAGAGAGUAAUAAGAGCAGCUGAUAAAGAAGCAAGGAAGCACUGAAGAUCAAUUUUUCGAAAUUGAUUCUUUAAGAAUUUACAGUUGUAAUCAUUAAUUCUUGUGCAUGGAUAACUAGGUCUAAGAAUUACCCUUUAAUUAAAUGCCAUCAAUCUUAAGCUUAGUUUUUACCCUGUAAAAUUAUCUGCAUGUAUUG